AUGAGGAGACCCCGCCAGCCCCUGAGACCGCAGGGCAUCAUCAAAUUGAGCAAAGUUUGGCAGCAGCUUGGAGAUAAGGGAGGAAUUCUGGAGACGAAGCGCCCCCGGCGGGGUGGUAGCAAGCACCGCAGUCGCGACACCUGCUUUGGCCCCGCGCACGGAGUGGCGGAGCCCGAGCUGCGCGCCUUCCUUCGGCACUACGAGGCCGCGCUGGCCGCCGGCGUCCGAGCCGACGCGCUGCGCCCGCGCUGGGACUUCCCCGGCGCUUUCUACUUCGUGGGCACCGUGGUAUCCACCAUAGGUUUCGGCAUGACCACCCCCGCCACAGUGGGUGGGAAGGCCUUCCUUAUCGCCUAUGGGCUGUUUGGCUGCGCUGGGACCAUCCUGUUCUUCAACCUCUUCCUGGAGCGCAUCAUCUCGCUGCUGGCCUUCAUCAUGCGCGCCUGCCGGGAGCACCAGCUGCGCCGCAGCGGCUUGCUGCCCGCCACCUUCGGCCGCGGCUCUGCUCUCUCGGAGGCCGACUGCUUGGCGGGCUGGAAGCCCUCGGUGUACCACGUGCUGCUGAUUCUGGGCCUGUUCGCCGUGCUGCUGUCCUGCUGCGCCUCGGCCAUGUACACCAGCGUGGAGGGCUGGGACUACGUGGACUCGCUCUACUUCUGCUUCGUCACCUUCAGCACCAUCGGCUUCGGGGACCUGGUGAGCAGCCAGCACGCCGCCUACCGGAACCAGGGGCUGUACCGCCUGGGGAACUUCCUCUUCAUCCUGCUCGGCGUGUGCUGCAUCUACUCGCUCUUCAAUGUCAUCUCCAUCCUCAUCAAGCAGGUGCUCAACUGGAUGCUGCGCAAGCUGAGCUGCCGCUGCUGCGCGCGCUGCUGCCCGGCGCCGAGCGCGCCCCUGGCCCGGCGCAACGCCAUCACCCCGGGCUCCAGGCUGCGCCGCCGCCUGACUGCGCUCGGCGUCGACCCUGGGACCUGCGACAGCGACACCGAGGGCCGCCGCCUGUCGGGCGAGCUCAUCUCCAUGCGCGACCUCACCGCCUCCAACAAGGUAUCGCUGGCGCUGCUGCAGAAGCAGCUGUCCGAGACGGCCAACGGCUACCCGCGCAGCGUGUGCGUCAACACGCGCCAGAACGGCUUCUCGGGCGGCGUGGGCGCGCUGGGCAUCAUGAACAACCGCCUGGCCGAGACCAGCGCCUCCAGGUAG